AUGGCGGGGCAGCGGCUAGGCGCGGGGCCGCUCUGGGCGCUGGGCGGCGCCGCCCUGGGGGUUUGCCUCGCGGGGGUCGCCGGGCAGCUGGUGGAGCCCAGCACGGCCCCACCCAAGCCCAAGCCGCCCCCGCUGACCAAGGAGACGGUGGUGUUCUGGGAUAUGCGCCUGUGGCACGUGGUGGGCAUCUUCUCGCUCUUCGUGUUGUCCAUCAUUAUCACUCUUUGCUGUGUCUUCAACUGCCGCGUGCCACGGACCCGGAAGGAGAUUGAAGCCCGGUACCUACAGCGAAAGGCAGCCAAGAUGUACACGGACAAACUAGAGACUGUGCCUCCCCUCAACGAGCUCACGGAAAUCCCUGGAGAUGACAAGAAGAGGAAGAAGGACAGUGUGGAUACAGUGGCCGUCAAGGUGGAGGAGGAUGAGAAGAAUGAGGCCAAGAAGAGAGAAGACAAAUGA